GAGUGCGGAGUGCGGAGUCCGGGGAACGGUAACGGGACGGUCCGAAGUCGGGAGCUGAGAGAAGGAGGAAGAAAUCGGGGUCCGGAGUCCGAGGGUCGAGAGAGGUAACCGUUUGCUGAAUAACUGAUGGAGCUCUGGUGCCUCAUUGCUGGCCUCAUCGUGUCGGUGGUGGCAGUGCCCAUCGACAGGUCAAAGAAAACAGAUGAGAAGCAGAUCAAACCGGAGUCACCGGACACAGGCUUGUACUAUGAUCGCUACCUCCGCGAAGUGAUUGACGUCCUGGAGAACGACGCCCACUUCCGCGAGAAGUUGCAGACAGCCAACGUGGAAGAUAUUAAGAGCGGAAAGCUGAGCACAGAGCUGGAUUUUGUCAGUCACCACAUCCGAACCAAGCUGGAUGAGUUAAAGCGGCAGGAGGUGUCCAGACUGCGGAUGCUAAUCAAGGCGAAGAUGGACGCUGAGCAAGGAGAGAAUGUGCAGAUUGAUCACCUAAACCUGCUGAAGCAGAUUGAACAUCUGGACCCGAAGAACGCCCAGACCUUUGAGGCUCGCGACCUGGAGCUGCUGAUCCAAGCGGCCACCAAGGAUCUGGAGCACUACGACCAAGCCCACCACGACGAGUUCAAGCGGUACGAGAUGUUGAAGGAGCACGAGCGACGGGAGUACCUUAAAUCUCUGGACGAGGAGAAGCGCAAAGCAGAGGAGGCCCGGUUCCAGCAGCUGAAGCAGAAGCACAAGGAACAUCCGAAAGUCAACGUGCCGGGGAGCCGGGACCAGCUGAAGGAGGUGUGGGAAGAAACGGAUGGCCUCGACCCCAAUGAGUUCAAUCCAAAGACCUUCUUCAAGCUGCACGAUACAAACGGUGACGGUGUGUUGGAUGAACAAGAGCUUGAGGCUCUGUUUACAAAAGAGCUGGAGAAAGUCUACGAUCCCAAGAACGAGGAGGACGACAUGAUAGAGAUGGAAGAGGAGCGGCUGCGGAUGAGGGAGCACGUGAUGAACGAGGUUGACACCAACAAAGACCGGUUGGUCACCCUGGAUGAAUUCCUGAAAUCAACAGAGAAGAAAGAGUUCCUGGAGCCAGAGGAGUGGGAGACGCUGGACGAGACGCAGAUCUACACGGAGGAGGAGCUGCGUCAGUACGAGCGCGAGCUGGCCGAGCAGGAGGCUCAGAUCUCCCAAAGGGCGGAGGAGCUGAGGAAGGAGCACGAGGAACUGCUGCGGAGGCAAAACGAGCUGGACGUCCAGAAGAAAGAAUAUCAACAGGCCCUGCAGCAGAUGGAGCAGAAGAAAUUCCAGCAGAAAGGCAAAGCCCCCCUUUCUGGCCCAGGAGGAGAACUGAAAUUCCAGCCAGCUGACGCACCCUCAGAUGUCCGAGCUCCAGUCAACGAACCAGCACAGGUACAGCCUGAGGUGGAGAGGCUCGACCAUGCGCCUGACCACCAGGGUGACCAGCCACCGCCACCGGACAACAGAGAAAACCGACCGGCGCCACCUGCCCAGCACCCUGUGGAGAAGCAACCAGAGCCAGUUGUGCAGCUACAGUGACCUCAAACACCUGACUGUCCCGUAAAUCACUGUUCGAGGUAGCAAAGAUCAGAGUCUGUUUAAUCAGGAGUAUUUAUCAUUUUAAGUCUGUGAGCCUGUUAAGCAAUAUAUUUUAGAGUCCAGACCCUUCACUGUAUCCUUCUCUCUUCAUUUGAACAUUGCUAUGUUCUGUCUCCUGCUGACUGGGAGUGUAGUCCCACUCAUUGCUACCAGCAGGUUGAGUUGAGAGACAUCUCCUUGCUGUGCACUGGCCAAAGGGGGCAGCUCUCGCGAUUUCUCCUCAUUGAGCUAAGACUGUAAUGGAGGACAAGCUGGCGUCCGUGCUGUGGACGGGCGAUCACUAGAGUUUCGUUCAGCUGCGAUGCCUAAGCCUUCAUGUUCAGAUGUGUCCUUGUAACAGCACACAGCUUAAAAGCAGCUAAUUUGCCCAAGUUUUGUUUCUUUUUUAUCCUUCCCCGCCCCUUAUACUUUGACUGGAUCGCUGUGUGCUAAGGUGUUUUAAUGUUUUAGAAUAUUCUGUGAUACUACAAAAUAAUUUUGAACCUGCGCGGAAGUAUUAGAGGAAGAAUUAAUGGUGGAAAUUCUGCCUGAGGGCCUUCAGGUUCCUGCCCACACUGUCCCAGCUGAGAGAUGGCAAGGCAGAAUAGAGCUUCUGAUUUUUAAAGUUAAGCACUUUUUAAAGCAUUUGAUGCAUAAUGGGCAUUUGUGAAAUAAAGGGUGUGACUGGG